UGCUAUCAUUUUCUUUUAAAUCUAUCAUCGAGACGCUGUUUAAGCGUCCCUGCUUGCUCUGCCGCAAAGACCCCGGUACAGCAAUGGGGAUGGGACUAUUUGCAGCGACAGAAAGCCUUAAAUCGACCAAUUGCGCCCCAUCUGACCGUAUACAAGCCUAUGUUAACUUGGAUGGUGUCCGGACUUCACCGUAUCACCGGAGUUGCCAUGGGCAUUACCGUUGCAAUGUUGUCCAUUGGUUUUAUGGUUGUUCCGUUCGAUUUUCCAUCGUUGAUUGAGUUCAUUCGAAACUUGCAAUUACCGGUGGCAUUCGUCUAUGCAGUCAAGUACAUCAUCGCAUGGCCGCUGACGUUUCACACCUUAAAUGGAAUAAGAUUUUUGGGUUUUGAUUUGGCGUAUGGAACAGAUAUCCGUAGCGUUUAUAAGAGUGGAUGGACAAUCGUUGCCUUGUCCAUUUUGAUUGCAGCGGCUUUGACCUUCUGGGAGAAAUGAAA